GAUAUCGAGUCGUCGCAGGGCGAGGUGGACGAGGUUGCCGCGGCGCGCUCGCUGGUCGAGUUGUUCCAGAGCAAAGCCGUGGCCAACAUGCUGGGCAUGAAGGGGCAUACGGACAUGGAGUCUACGAUGAACGAGCUGCAGCAGAGUAUCGACGAGAACGGCCAGCUGAAGGGCCCCCAGAGGUGGGUCGUCACGCCGAGCAUGAAACAGCAGGCCGAGGCGGCGGCCGAGGACGGUGACGAGGUCACUCAGGCCGAGUACGACUUCUGGAAGGACGUGGAGAAGAACAACUUCGCCGUGCCAACAGACGGGAAGGUCAGUCCCAUGGCCUCCCGCUGGCAACGUGCAUACGAGGGGGAUGCAAGUCUCAAAAAGAGGUAUGAUUCAAUUUCGGGCGUGAAGAUCAACAAGAGGAAGGCGGAGUUCCGCCGCAGCUGGGCGCUCGACAAAUUCAAGAAGCUGAAGGUGACGAAGAGCUACACUGCCAUCGAUAAGAAGCAGGAGUUCCAGCACGCG